UGGAACUUAUUCUUGAAUGCUCCCUUUUAGAUUGUACGACUCACACGAAGUCGGGUCCGCAGCAUAUCCUGCAAAGUCUUCAUACGUGACGGGUUUCUAGAAAUCGUCCGUCACAUUUGUAUCGACUUUGGUCUCUCUUUGUAAAAAUCCUCGUACUCGUUCGUUUCGAUUUGUUUUGUUGGCUCGUAAGGAUUUUGUUCGACAGUGCCAGGCGUUUUGAGGAAACGGAUUCUGCUUUAGCAGACAACUGGACGAGAAGAAGAAGUAACACGCGCCAAGAUGUGGAGACUCAUGUGGGUCUUACUGCUCCUGGCUUCUCCGAUCUCAGGAACGGCUACCACAGACCAUUCGAGCUCAGAGGAUGGAGGACACAGGUCGAAGGCACAUUUCGUUCUUGUACACGGUGCAGGGCAUGGAGCAUGGGCGUGGUUCGAAGUCGCCACAAUGUUGGAGAAAGCCGGCUACACAGCCACUGCAUUAGACUGCACGGGAGGCGGCAUCAGCGAGACGAGCCCUGACGACGUCACCAGCGUAGCGGAUUAUUCAAAGCCCGUAGUUGAUUAUCUCAGCAAUGUCACCGAACAGGUAAUUCUGGUUGGUCACAGCUCGGGAGGCAACCCUGUUUCAUUCGCUAUGGAAGCGCAUCCUGAGAAAGUGAAGAAAGCAGUCUUCCUCACUGCUCUCAUGCAAGUCACUGGAUCCGAUAUCCUGGACCCCAACUCUACGUACAGCAAAUUGCUAGCGGGAGCAAGUGGUACCCCCGUCUUCGGGAAUGGACCAGACGCUCAACCAACAUCUGUUGCCGUGAACACCUCAACUGCUGCGCUUAGACUCUUUUACAACCAAAGCCCACCACAGGUCUACGCGUUGGGUAGAGCUUUGUUGAGGGCAACGCCAUACCAAUCGUUGUUCGGAACAUUCAAUCUCACUUCCGCUAGAUAUGGAAGUGUUCGUAGAUUCUUCAUCAGAACAGGUGAAGACCUCAGUCUGCCUCCAGCAGCUCAGCAACUAAUUAUUGACAGCAACCCACCGGAACAGGUCUUCACCAUCGAAGGGAGCGAUCAUGCAACUUUUUUCAGUCGUCCUCGCGAACUCGUCCGCAUUCUCAAGAAAAUAGCAAAGCUCUAAGUCUUCCUCUGAAGCCACCAACAUUACUCCAAAGUUUGUUCCCCAUAUGACCUCUAGUUCAUAGAAGAUGAAUUCGAGGCAACAAUACCUGUGGGAAUAGGUUGAUCAAAGGUCAUUUGACGUCUGAUUAAAUACAAGAAACACACACGAUGUUACACUGUUUGUGAAAUCAUGAGAUAUGGUUUUGAAAUACGGUAAUAGCAAGCUCCCAACAAGGGGAAUCUGAGAACUCGAUCAUAGGUUUCGUAGUCCGCAGAUCGAAGGUUGCAUGAAUGCAAACGAAAUAUGAACUACUCUCAGCUUUUUGCAAAGUAUUGAGACUCAAACCUGAACAUGUGAAGAGACCGGUUUAAUACAAUAUACAAAUCGC